GUCUUCAUUUCCUGCUUCAUUUCUCUGGACUGGAUUUCUAACAAGGAAGCUCUGAAGAAGGACUGAUGACCCCCAAUCUCUUUGGGUGAUUCCAGAGAUUCUUUUGCAAACCAGCAGUUUAUUCCAUCUCUGCUACAAAACUGAUAGAAGGACUUUGCAAUCACUUAAUAAAGCAACUCCUCCUUAUCCCUGUCUGGCUGUUAUUGGCUCUCAGCUAGUUGGACCCGAUAUUUUGGUGACAGUUACUGGCGACUCCGCCGGGACUCUCCUAGCUCGGACAUUGGACUCUGGACGGCUGCGGCGAACUGGGAACGGCGCCAACGUUAAAAGGGGUGUUUCGCCCCUUUUCUCUGCUUCACCGCGGCCCCGGGGUUCGUGGUCCGAUAAGUUUCAGCGACCUCGAGCUGGGCUGGUUCCGAGCUGAUCUCUUGGCUGCUGUGGGGCCAUUGGGCCUGGAUUAGAACCUGAACUUGACCAGGACUUUGCACUUGUGUCCUGCUAGCGGCCCAGGGAGCUCCCCAGAGAAGGGCACGGGGGAUCCAUGGGACGGACACCCGAAGUCACUCUGCGGUCUGUUCUCAGGACCAUGCUCUGGAUUUUUGUCAUUUUCUUGCUAACACAACUGCUGCAUUCGGAAGCUCUGCAAUGCUACCCAGGCGAAUAUGAAAUAAAUGGCGAAUGCUGUCCUAUGUGCAGUGCUGGGAGCAGGGUGUUCAAACAUUGUAGACAAAGUAGCAGCACAAUUUGCAUGCCAUGUGUGGACGACACAUAUACAGAGCAUCCCAAUGGCCUAACAGAGUGCAUGAGAUGUAAACUGUGCGAUGCAGGAGCCCGACUGAUGGUAAAAGAAAAAUGCACGUAUACGAAGAACACCGUGUGCGGCUGUGCCCCGUGGGAUUUCUGCCCACAUCCUGCAGGCAGGGACUGUAAAAUGUGUCGUCCCUACACCAUCUGCCUCCCUGGCUCUAAGGUGAAAAUACCUGGCACAGAAUUCUUUGACAACGUAUGUGAGUUUUGCCCUGAUGGAACCUUCUCAGCAACCAACAUGUCACACACCUGUCAACCAUGGACCAGAUGUGAAGAGGAAAGGAUGACAGAACAAAAGGCCGGGACAUCCACUUCUGAUGCAGUUUGUGUACAAAGAGACCUUUCUGCCACAGGGGUGGCAUUGAUAAUUAAUGUGGCUAAAGAAGUGUACUUUUUCUGGUCGAGGAUGAUGAGGAAAUAUUGUGAAACAUCUGCACAGGUGACAGGGGAACAAACAACGGCAAGAGCAGAGGAGUGGAGAAAGUAAGCCAUUGUCAGCCCUGCACGUGUGAUUGGAUUGGAGGCUUCUGAAAAUCCCUCUUCAUUGAAUUUCAGCGAUCAUCAUCAGUGUAUCUCCCUUCCCUUCAUGUGUCAGUAUAAUAAUGCCUGCAUCUGUAAUUUUCACUCUAUGCAUCUGAAGAAGUGGGUUUUUUACCCACGAAAGCUUAUGCCCAAAUAAAUCUGUUAGUCUUUAAGGUGC